AAGCGUGCCGAGCACAUCGUAUUGUUUUGAAACCAGCCAAGCUGGCGCGCGCGUUCAGGAAGAAAAUGCUUCCAGUUUGAGUCGAAUCUACUAGCAGUUCGAACGGAACCUGGCAAAGUUUGUACCCAGCCUAGGGCUUUGUUUUGACCCAUUGAUUACCAUCACAACGAACAACACGGUGAUGAUGAUGAUAAUGAUCUUUGCCACUAUCGCUGACGGUCAUUAGUUGGGAAAUCUUUAACUAACGGAUUCGUUGAGUAGUAGACUGAGUGUGUUAUCGUCGUAUCGGUAUUAUUCAAUUCAAUUCGGGAAAGUGUUUUCUUGUGGACCGCCUUGUCAAGUGGUUUGACUGUGUAAAGAAACUUUAGGUGACGUGCUUCCAUGUGCUUAGAACAUUCCAUCGUCCUUUACCUGAGUAGGAGCAACGACACGGACGUUCAGGAUUCAACCGGUUUUCUCAAAGGGAUAUUAGCUCCCGAACAUGCAGUGUGAACCCAGUUUGCCGAGUACCUUUUGAAACGAAGUUUAGUUCCGGUUAUGCUUUUGUGUCAAAAACAAAUAAUGCUGCUGGUUCUCGAUGACAUUUAGAUAGAAAAUUUGGUGCUAAUUGAAUGUAAGAGGUUUGCUGAAAUUUAUAGAUGGCCAUAACGUGUAGUUGGAAAAGAGGAAACUAAAACAUGACACAUUGAAUAAUUUAUGGCCGAAUAUUUCGCGCGCGCCUAAUUACAGUGGAACAACCUUGAGUAAGGUAUACUUUAUACGUUGGACAACGUUUGUUCUCGCAUCGGCUAGUGCACAAUAUCACUAGCGACAAAAACUGGCAACAUAAAAGUGAGCAAAUGUAACUCAUUUAUAUACUAAACAAUAGCAGAACCAUUGAAUUGGGAAACUAGUACUCGCACAAGCUUUACUCGUUCGGCCGAAUAAAGACUGGUAAAGUCAGUGAUGAAGCAGUAGAAUACUAUUAUUCCCAGUGAAGUAAAAAGCAUUCAGAGAAAAUUUCACCAUCCAGUAACCAAACCGGCAGUAUCUCCCGCGUCUACAUUUCUCCGCAAGGAAUGAAAAAAAAAACGCGUUUUAAAUGUCUAUGAAAAGAUUGGCCGUAAUCGCUGCUGUUAGCACGCACAAUAGCCUCAGCAAUCAGACGGUUUCCUACUACAACGCCUACGCGAACCACUCGACGACGACUUACAGCAGUGCACGCGGCGUCGGCAGCUCCAGCCAUAGUCUCCAAGGAUUGCAGGGUAUGCGACCGGGGGCGAAUCUGCACGGCAAUGUCAACAUCAUGCUCGGCGGGGCCAUGCUGUCGGUAGUCAUCACAGUUGUUUGUUUUGUUUGCUACUGCUGCCAUCGAAACAUCAAAAAGCGAUCGAAUUCUAUCUACCGCCAGCAGUGGUUAGAGAACGAAGCUAAUAUGGAAAUCUACAGCGUCGAACAGUGUUACGAUCAACCAGCAGGAAUAUCCGACGCCACAGGUGGCGGAUCUUUCUUCGUAGACACCAACACAGGCAAUGAGUACCAGUCGCUUCCGGUUUCAACCUACCAGCAUCACUCUCAGCACCCAGGUGGAUCACCGCCGAGCUAUGAUACAGUCCUGGCUCAGGACGAAAUGGCCGCAUCCGCACGCCGUAAGAGCUGUGAUUUUGGACUAUUAGCACCACUCGACGGGAAUCAACACACCCGCGGAGCGGGGAAGUUCGAUGCUCUGCUGUGUGAACUAAUUGGAGCUAAUCAACGACGUAAACGGAAUCGACCGACGGCAGACCGGGCCGAAUUUAACGAUUUUAGUGAAAUUCUUAGAUCACCGGGCUGUGGAGAGACAGAGAUAAGCGGAAAUUGCCAUUGUCAACUGAAUGAUAACUUGCAAGUUUUCUGUCGGAACUGCGGCCAAUUUGUGAACGGGGAGAUGAUGCAAAGUCCCUCCAACGAUAAUCACUAUUACGACAAUAGUUCCAACGGUUACGGUGCAAACGACGGUGCAAAUUGGCACCGGCAGGUCGCCAUCCAUGGCGGUGACAAUUCACUCGAUGGCACCGGGAACAUGGCUGAUAACAAUGGCAACAUUCAGACCGCCCAUGCUCUCCUACGUGAUCCCAACCUUCACCCCGAUCGUCACUUUGUCGUGGAUGAGCUAUUACAAGAUUUACACUUUCAUUCACAUCAUGCAACGAAUCACGGCAGCAGUACUCGUACCGGUUGUGCCACUAACCAACUCAAUUCUACGGAUUGCACUAAUAACAACAAUGAAAAUAUGAGUAAUAAUAAUAACAACAACAAUAUUGCACCAGAUUGCGCUACUGGUUUUCGCGAAUGCAAUGACACCGAGAAUGACGAGCAGAAUAAUAAUAUUAAUAAUGACAAUGCAUCGGCAGAAUCCUCUACAUUCGAAACAAUAAUGAAUAACGGAAGCCUGCCGGCUGACAACAAUACCUACGCGGAUGGAUGCAGUGGUAAUCACGCUAAUAGGCUCGCCGACGUUAUCACUUCAACUAUUGAGGUAGGUUCUGCCGUUAAUGUAACCACAGCAGCCGUCGGUGCCGCGGAUGAUGAUAAAUCAAGUGAUAAUGGUAGUUCCGACACAACUGAUGGACCUUCUGAACAGCAGCACCAAGAGCUGGAUGACAACUUUCAUAAUCUAAGCGAAAAUGGCCUAGUUCGGUUGGACAUGAGUCAAAUCAUCGAUCGAACUGGCUUGCCAACCUAUGAGGCUGCCCUACGGUUAGAGUCCAGCGGAUAUGUCUAGGAACGGUCGGAAACGGCAUGCACAAAGUGCUGUAAUUUGUAGAAUAUUUAAGUAGAUUAUUGUUCACGAUGGCCUUGAAAAUCUAGACCUAAAUUAUACAACAAACAGCAGCAACAGAAAGCUAUUAACAUAAAUAAUAUUUAGACGCUUCAUCGAGACAACUAAAGUCUAGGGCAUGAUCAUUAAUAUAAUAAUUGUAUAUUAUCUAUGUUCAAUAUCUCGAUAAUAAAGUUUUUUUUUGUGAAAUCAAUC